GUGCGCAGAAAUCGAAGGUCGCAGCAGCAUGCUUGUUGACACAAUAAUGCGAGGGGCCGGCGUUUUGGUGGUGGUGGUGGUGGUGAUGGUGGUGGUGCUUGCACACAGCAGCAUGAGUGAGGUGGUGCUGGUGGAAGAUCAGCGUGGUGGGUUCCACAUCAACACCAGCGAUCCAUUGAAUGAACCCGUGUUUGUGAAUGGGAUGGACGUUGGUCAAGUGGGCAACGAGGUGUUGGCGCUGCGCAGCAUGGUGUCAACACAGAUGAGCAUGCUGGAAGCGCAGCAGAGCAGGCUUGAGGAGCAAGAACGUCUCACAUGCUUCCUCACUGCCACGGACACCACCUCCAUGGCCUACGUUGGCACCGGCAACAAUGACUGGAUUGGCGGCGUUUUGGCCAACACUGGACUCAUCUAUGGCAUUCCACAUCGCUCAACCUCCGUGCUAAUCAUCGACCCUGCCACCAACACCGCUGACACCACCACGAUCACAGGCCUGGAAACAGGAGGUGACAAGUGGGGCGGUGGUGUACUGACUGACAACGGCCUCAUCUACGGUUUUCCGCACACUGCGGUGUCUGUGCUCAUCGUUGACCCACACACGAACACCAUCGACAACACCACCCUCGAUGGACUGCCAUCUGACGGGGGCAAAUGGAUCAGCGGCGUGGCUGCCGACAAUGGCCUCAUCUUCGGCGUGCCCUGGAGUUCUUCUUCUGUCCUCAUCAUCGACCCAGCAGCCAACACCACAGACACCACCACCAUCGCUGGGCUUGAAGGAGAUGAGAAGUGGUACGGUGGCGUGCAAGCCAGCAAUAACCUCAUCUACUGCAUUCCAGUCAACGCUGAGACUGUGCUCAUCAUCGACCCAUCCACCACCACGUCAGACACCACAACAAUCGCUGGCCUGACAGGCAAUGGCGCGUGGUAUGGCGGCGUGCUUGCUGGCAACGGCCUCAUCUAUGGCAUCCCAUACAAAUCUACGGCCGUGCUCAUCAUCGAUUCAGCAACCAACAGUGCCGACACAACGUCCAUUUCCGGUCUUGCAAGCAACUACUACAAGUGGAGCGGCGGUGUGCUGGCGCCCAACGGCCGCAUCAUCGGCAUCCCACGUGAUGCUGCAUCCGCACUCAUCAUCGACCCAACCACCAACACCGUCCACACCACGUCGUUGCCUGUUCCAACUGGAGCCCGCAAGUGGUUUGAUGGCGUUCUCGCCAGCAACGGCCUCAUCUAUGGUUUGCCAUGGAGCGCAGCACACAGUGUCCUCAUCAUCGAUCCUGGCUGCUGAGGGCAGAGGCGACCGUGGCGUUCUGCACCCUGUUAGCCACGCUCCCUGCUUGACCUGCUUGACACGCAUGCAAGUGUCACCUCGCUUUGUUUGUUUCUCGUGGCAUUUCAUUGGCUAUUGCUUGACUUCGUUGUGCUGUGUCCCACCCCUCCACGCACAUUUCUUGUCAUCUGCACCCGUCAUUGCGCUGUGACGUGGUGCCACUUUCUCCUCAUCAUACCUCUGCCUUUCUGUUGAGUUGCAGAGCGAUCCAAUUCUUCUGCUCGUUACAUGAUCGUGGUGACAUGACUACUGUGUUCCGGCCCGCGCUGCCUCCUUUGAGAAGAC